UGUCGCAUUCGAUUUCGUUUGAUUUCUUCCGUUGUUUUUACGACGUGCGGCGGUGACGUGACGUCACACUCGCGCAUACGCCGCGUAGGUACAUAUAUAUAUAUAUUAUAAUAAUAUUAUAAUAUUAUGGGGCCGUGUUGCCAAUGCGUCGAGACGAAUUUCCAUAACGAACACGGGCGAGCGCGCGCGCGUGUGUGUGCGUAGACAAUGUGCGCGCGGGCUCUCUUUGAACUCAAACCCAUUAGAAAUGCUAAACCCGGCACUGCGUAUACCGUACAGGUCGUGCGCUGUUGUAUGCCCAUGCCGAUGUGUAAUAUGUAUAUAUUAUAAUAUGUACGCGGCGGACGAGCCGAGUUGGCGCGGAGGUAAUUAUUGAAUAUUUUAUAUUUUAUUUGAAAAAAAAAAAAAAAAACGAUAACACUGUGGUGCGCCGACUAAGCCGACAGAAGAACGACGACUAUUAUAUUAUUAUUAUAUAUAUAUAUAUAUAUAUGUAGGCACGGCGGAAGAAAAAAUAAGAGAUGGAAACGAAAUUGUUUUGAAGAAAAAAAAAAAGUCACAAAAGGCACGUAAUUGAAUAUCGGUGACACCACACGAACGCGCGUGCGUUAAUAUUACAUAUUAUUAUUAUUAUAUAUGCGCGUAUACAAUAUUAUAAUAUUAUGUUUUUAGAACGGGACGGUCGUGCGCGUGCGCGCGUACCUUCGCAUGUACGCGGCGUGUACACGCGCGCGCGACGAGGGGACCCCACGCGGGUUGACACCCAUUUCGCGGCCGACAGCCAAUGGCUCGACGCGGCCUUUUGCGCGAGGGGUUCUGCGAGAGGUGCCCCUGCGAAAAAAACAAAAACACAAACGAAAAGGACGAAAAAGAAUAUGGCCGUUUGCCGCAAAUAAUAAUUAUCGCGUAUACAGAAUAAUAUAUAAUAUUAUAUAGGUACCGACCGCCGGCCGUACGCGUACAGUGUUAUUACCAUUAUUAUUAUACCAUCGUUGUGCGUGUGUGUGCGUGUACUAUAUACCUCGACGGCGACAAUAAUAUAUAAAAUAUAUAAUAUCAAGUUAUUAUCAUUACGCGAUGUAAGUAGUACGCUGCAGCAGAAGCAGCAGCAGCAGUCGCGGUUUUAUACACUCCGAAGUCGUCUACUGAAUAAUUGUUUGUUCUUUUAAAAAUAUUAUUAUAUUAUUACCUACAUUAAAUAAUAAUAAUAAUAAUAACAUCUGUACGUCAUAUUAUAAUAGUGUCGCCGUCGCGUCCGUCGGGUGCACACGCACUACACAUCUUAUGAGCGUUCGCGUCGCGUCGUCGCGUGAACGCCGACCGACGUUUGAAGAUUUUCGUCCGUUUGUCGGAAAACGGUAGCCGCGGACCGCCGACCGCCGCCGCCGCCGCCUACGAGUGCGUUCAUCGUGAAGACUUCAACGUUACAUUAUUAUUGUAUACCUACCGCCGCCGCCGCUGCCGCCGACGUACUUGAGUACGACUCUGGGCAUGCGCUCACCGGACGCGCUUUUCGCCGACAGGUAUCGACGACGUGUAUAGUGCGUGUGAUAGCAAAAUAUCGUUUUAUAAUCAUUUUAUCCGAAUUUGGGCGGAAUAUCGACCCCGCAGACGAACACCAUGUACUCGGCACACUACAACGGGUUCACUUUUCAAGGCCAAGGGCGUGUGAACCAGCUCGGUGGUACGUUCAUCAACGGCCGACCGUUGCCUAAUGUGGUCCGGUUGAAAAUCGUCGAAAUGGCCGCUGCUGGCGUGCGGCCCAGCAACAUAUCCAGACAGCUCAAAGUGUCGCAUGGGUGCGUGUCCAAGAUACUCAACAGAUACCAAGAGACGGGCAGCAUCCGGCCAGGCAUAGUGAACAGCGAUCACGUCCAGAAAAUCUAUCCGAAACGAAUUUCGUAUUGUCCGGAGGAAGUCAGAGAUACGACAAUCAGAUCAGAUCGUCAUAGUAAUUACUCAAUCGACGGAAUACUAUCAGGAAGAACCGGUGACGUGGAUGUGCCGUCGGAACCGGGCAUCGUCAUAUCCAGAAAACAGAGAAGAGGAAGGACCGCGUUCACGGCCCAACAACUAGAAGGUUUGGAAAGGUCGUUUUUGGCUUGCCAGUAUCCAGAUAUAGCGGCCCGGGAGACCCUCGCCGCAAAAUUCGGACUUCCGGAACCUCGAGUCCAAGUGUGGUUCAGCAAUCGGAGAGCGAGAUGGAGGAAACAGAAUAGUUCCAACGUACAACACAACAUAAUCAGCAGCAAUUUUUCUGAGAAUUUAAACACACCUUCCUACACUGGCACAGCUGAUUGGAGACUUCAACCUGGCGUUCAGUACAACGGUUACUACGACGGGUCUGCGUGGGACGAAUACCAGCAAACCGCACGGAACAACGCAGCCCACCAAUACGGAGACAUAUUCAACCCGUCCGCCGCCGCUGUGGCUUACGGAGCGCACAACGAAUUUGCGGCUAACCCGACCAAACUGCGUAUGCCGCCGACCCUGCCACCACCUCCACCGACGACACAGCCGCCAACCGCCGCCGCCGCCGCAACUUCCGCCGCCGCCUCCAUGGGAUACCAUCAGCCGCCGACCGCGGCGGUCAGUCGCUGGACGGAAUUCGGCAAACCCACCGCCGCCUCCACGGCCGCAGUCGACUAUCCGGUGGCGUCUUAUUUCAACAACAAUUUAUUAUGAUGUUGUAGUUAUCAAGAACUUAACCGUAAUAAUAAUAAUAAUUGUACCUAUGUAUAAUAUCGUAUAUCGCGACUAUGAUAAAAUUGUAACGAUAACGACGUUACCACAAGUAUUGUACCGCACCGACGACUUAUAAUAAACGUUCAUUAGGUGCCCGCUAAAAUGCACCCACGUCCUGCUCGUAAUAUUAUGUUGUUAUUAUAUUAUGCAUAGCUCCAAUAAUUCAACGAGCGAGCUAAUCUAGUAUUUUUUUAAAAACAUAUGGUUCAUGCAAAUUUUGAUUAUUCGACUUUUUAAGUACCUGCUUAUAAUAUCAAAUAAACUUUCAAUAAAGACCCUAUUUUUAAUUACCUGGAGUUUAGAUACUAUUAAGUAUAUAAUAUAUAUUGUCAUAUUACGAUACAAAGAAGAACCAAGCCUUUUCACUAUAAAUAAUAAUUGUUAAGCAAAUGUUUAAUUUUAAAAAUGCUGGUGUAUCUAAAUCAAAAUCUAAAUGAGUAGUUUUGAGUUAUUGAAGUGUGUAUACUAACAUAAUACUGUGGUAUGGUAAUAGAUUUGGGAAAUAAAGGGAAGCUAUGAUGAUUUAAAAACUACACUUUACAAUUAUAAAAAUAUAUGUAUUUUAUAAUUUGUAUAAUAAGUAUAAUAAUAUAUACAUGUUUCAUAUUUGAUGUAAAUCUAUACUAUCAAAGACUAUUAUCCUUUGUAUUAUAUAUACAUUUCAACAACUCGGAAACUAUUCGUUUGAAUUUUGAUUUAUAUUUUAUAAUGCCCUUGACUCCGACAACAUCCCCGGCAAUCCCCUAAGGAGGUUUCAGAGGAAAUAGUAUAGAGACUUACUAACAUAAUUAUAAAAAAAUAAUAAUAAUAAAAUAAACAAAUGAACAAAUAUAAUAAAUAAACAUUUUUAUAUACCACGUCCAAAGUAUUAGUGCUGGGUAAUUCCUUUAAUCAUACACAUUAUUCAUGUUUCCUACUUCAAAUAUGCUUAUUGUAAAUAACUCUUUAUAGAUUGUAUAUUUCAAAUAAACUUUAAUACAUAUAAUAAAUUUAUACAUAUAUUAUAUACCUUUACGUAUCUACAUUUUCAAAAAAAAAAAAUAAUAAUCUGCUUAACAAUUUAAUGUAAAACAGCGGCGAGUUCUCGUAAAAAAAAAAAAAAUUUGUACUUCUGCUGGACACUUCUUAAAUGGUAUAAAAAAAACAAAGCAUUGGAAAAUACGAUCCUAUAUUAAGUUAUCUAGCUGUUGGUAAUAGAUCCGAAAAUCAUAAAUUGAAUAAACGCAUUAUUAACAGAUAAAAGAAGAAUGAGCGUGUGCUCGACGAAUCAUCCUGUAUACAUUUAACUGCCAUCGAUAACUUUUUUUUUAUUGAUAACAAAAUAUCAUAGCGACAUUUUUCGAUAUUUACCGAUGAUCUAUCCAUCUUGUUUUACUGCACUUUGUUAUAUUAACCAUUCGACGACAGACAGUUUAUCAGACAAUAUAAUAAUAAUAACGUCGUAUAAUAAUAUAUAAAUCUCGUCUCGCCUAUUAUAUUAUACCUAGGUAUAGGUAUUGUAAUAAUAAUAUUAGAUACCGCACGAUCAAAACAAUAUUUGUACAUUUUUAACAGACGCACGCCAGUUGUAAUAAUAAUACCUUCAAAAUAUAUCUUUAAAUAUCAAAAUUAUUAAGCGACUUUUGCAGUUUUUUCUUCAGAGCUAAAUUUAUUAUCGUUUGUAUCGUUUUUUUUUAUAUAUAUAAACAUGGUCACCCUAACAUUAUAAUGUCAUACAUCCUUGAUGUACGGCGUUAUAUCAUAACGACACCCAGUUUACACGAAAUGCACUCAUAAACAUGUGCGUUGAGUGAUGUUUUUUUAGCGGAAACUACGCUAUAUCGAAACACUCCCCCCUACUUACUCGAAAUUUCCCACUUAAGUUUUCCACCCCCUGAACGGCGUCGAAUCGUAAAAAAAAGUUUCACACUACGUGUUUUCAAAGGCGUCGACCGAUGUAUUGAAAAAAUAAAAUCAUCUUUGGCAUGUUACGACGAUACUGCGCCGCGGCCGUACCCUUCAGACCUUUGUUUUUUUCUUCGCUUGUGAUGUACCACAACAACGGAGUACCACCAAGUGAUAAAAAUAUUAUAUUAAUAUUGUUGUUUGUGCGUGCGAAAUCGAGACGUGACCAUUUCGAAUAAACACUCGAAAACUCCUCCUUAUCGAGUCGAAUUCACGUAUUGUAGGUAACUACAACUGAUUAUAUUAUAAUAAUAAUUGUCAUUGUAAAUGCGUAAACGGUAUAGAUUAUUCUAAAUUUAUUAUUGUAGAGAAUAAUCAUAAUAAUUGUUAUUGUAGAGAAUAAUCAUAAUAAUUAUUAUUAUAUAAUAUAACAUAAUAUAAUAUUUCAUAUUAUUUUAUCGUCUGUUCGUACGUUUUAAUAACCCCAAAUUAAUAAGAAUUUUUAUUUCCUGACCGACACGAUACUGUUAGACGGUGAUGUUACGAACCGACUUAGAGUAUUUGGGAUUCGGUCCAAAAAAAAGCACUGACAAUUGAAAAUAUAUUUUGAACUAAACUAAACGCGCGAAAAUAAUAAUAAAUAAUAGUUUGGGGGGACGGAGUGGCCGAGCGGACUAAGACGUCGGCUGCGACGCAGCCGACCCGAGUUCGAUACCUUGGCCGCGGGCGGCAUUUUUCUUCGGGCAAGUCACGGUGUCCGGAGAACAAGUGCCGCCAUCCCCCCACCCGGGGCACGGCAGAAACCUACGGGUGCCCCUUUAGAAAUUCUGCCAAACACAACACACACGUGUACCAACCUACCCAAUUUAAAAACCUACAGUGCCCUCCACCACACCCAAUGGCCUAUGUUGCCGUGGGUUACCCAAUAAAAAAAAAAUAAAAAAAAUAAUAGUUUGAUUAUAGAAUUUACAGAUCAAUUUAAUUAUAUUAAAAUAUUUACCAAUUAUUCGGAUAAGUAACCAAUAAUAUUAUUAAUACUUGACCCAAUUAAAUGUACGUCACAUUAUAGUUACGAGAAAGAAAUGCAAAUAAAUAUCUAUGUAAUAUUAUAUUAUAUCACUUAAAUCAACCAACAUUUAAAAGUGUUUUAAAGUUUAGGUUCGUUUUAAAAUUUGAAUGGUUCAGAUUUGAUAAAACAUAUUAAAAGCCUGGUUUAGGUUCAGUCGUACUCAAAAAUCAAUGUUCGUCACCUUACUAUAAUUAUAAUCAUCAGACUAUAAUAUUCAGAAGACAGUAAUAAUUGUACAUAUAGUAUGAAAUUAAGUACCUACUGUAGACUAGUUAUUAUUAUUUAGAUUAAUUAAUUUAAUUUAAUAGAUAUUAUCAAAAAUAUACUGUAAAUAAUAUGCCUACCAGCUAUUAUAUUUUAUUUGUAUUUUAAAUGUUUGUUUAGUUCUUAAAUAAAUAUAUGAUAAUGUUUUCGCCGUUGUUCAGUAGAAACGAUAUAGGAAUUCGUGUACAUCGUUGUGCGUUGAGGUAUUCGUCGCACCACCUACCAAUAUACCUACCUACUACAAUAAAUUAUAUACCUAAACCGUAUUUGUGGCACGUUAUCAAAAAUGUUUACAUUAUAAUGCAUAUAA